AUGAGGGAUCUCAUGAGUCAUAAUAGUUCGGGGGAGACCACAGUUGUCCUCAGCCAUGGAGCCGGCAGUGACCAGUCGGUGUGGAGGCACCUUGUCCCACACCUCGUGGAUGAUUACAUUGUCAUUCUCUAUGAUGACAUUGGUGCUGGGACCACCGAACCCAACCUCUACGAUUUCAACCGUUACUCAUCCGUCGAUGGCUACGUGGAAGAUUUGAUCGCCAUUUUGGACGAACUCAAAGUCGAGGGAUGCAUUUUCGUCGAGCACUUGCUGUCCCCUUUGGUGGCCGCCAUAGCCUCGAUUUCUAGACCCAAACUAUUCCGUAAAGUGAUCAUGGUUUCCGCUACCCCCAGAGUGGGAAACUCGGAGGACUACCACGGAGGCACCGACCAGGAAACGAUCGACCAUAUGUUAGCCUCCUUGGAGAAGAAUCCCAUUUUCUCUUUCUACGCUGACACGGCCCCGCAGGUGGUGGGCGGCAGCCCGGACUCGGUAGCCGUGGAGGAGUACAAAAGAACCCUCAAUAAGGGACGGCCUGACAUCGCCUUAAGCAGGGGCCUCUUUAUAUUCUCUUAUGACCUGAGGCCAUACCUUUGCCAAAUCAUCGUCCCCUGCCACAUCAUCCAGAGUUCCAAGGAUGUGAUUGUGCCAGUCGAGGUGGGCGAGUACAUCCACCGGAGCCUGGGCGGGAGGUCGGUCUUGGAGUUGAUUCCAACAGAGGGUCACUUGCUGCAUCUCAGCUCCCCGGAGCUCACAAACCCGGUGCUGCUCCGCCACAUACGGUAG